CUGACCAGCGAGUCGCUGCACAAGCAUUUUUACAGAAUUCUUCAUAUGGCAACAAUUUUAUCUGUCAAAAGUGUCAAACAACUGUCAAAAUGUUGACAGCUUCUGUUACCAAACAAUAUUGAUAUUUGUGUCACAUUUAUGUGAGUUUUUAUUUGCAAACAUAUGUUUGACCAGCGAGUCGCUGCACAAGCGUUUUUAGAGAAUUCUAUAUAUGGCAAUCAUUUUAGCUGUCAAAAGUGUCAAAAAUAUUGUCAAACGAGUUUACACAUAACCUAGAUUCUCAAAUUCUCAUGUUAGUUCAUUCGUUACGGAAGUUUAUAGUUUAUAUCGUAUUAUAAUGGCUAAACCGAUUAGAAGCAGUGUGAGGAGCAUGUUAUUUAAGAUAAUCUGUAACUAUAAUCAAGUUCGACACGACGAAAAUGAGAGAUUACUAGAAAAGAAGCGAAUAUUGGACGAAAUCAUUCAGGCGACCGCGGGCGUAGAUGACGAAAAUGUUAGAGAAACUAUUCAAAAGCUAGCAAGCGAACUGAAGAAUGUUAUUGAUAAUAACGCAUCAGAAUCAAGUUAUUUAGAGAAAGUGUCUACUAUGACAGGUGCAAGCAUUCGUACACUACGCACAAUUAAAAAAGAGGGUUCUAUUAACCAAGGCCAAUGGAAUACGCCAGGGAAAAAACGACCCCGGCCACCAACUGUGUCAAAUUUAGACAAUUUUGAUGUGUCAGCCAUCCGUAAUAAAAUUAAUGAGUUUUAUUGCGUCAAAAAGCAGGUACCUACUCUAAGAGCCUUACAUGCGGAUUUGAAAGAAUCUAUAGGAUUCUCAGGAUGUUGUGAAACACUGAGGAAAAUACUACACGAGAACGGAUUUGAGUUUAAAAAAAAUAAAGAAGAGCGCUCCAUCCUCAUGGAAAAGUUUGAAAUAUCUGGGUGGAGGCAAAGGUUUCUUAGAGCUAUACAUAAAAAACGGGAAGAAGGAAAAAAUAUUGUGUAUCUUGAUGAGCCAUAUGUCCAUCAAAAUUACAGACCGAAGAAGUCAUGGCAAGGGCCUUCAACUUCCGGUUUAGUUGAAAAAAUUUCCUCGGGUAAGCGGCAUAUUAUAGUGCAUGCUGGAUCAGAGCAAGGAUUUGUGCCCAAUGCUUUGCUUGUUUUUAGCACAAAAUCCAAAGCAGCUGACUAUCAUGAUGACAUGAACAGUUCUAAUUUUUUAAAGUGGCUACGAGAAAUGUUAAUCCCAAAUUUGACUGAGCCCAGUGUAAUUGUUAUGGACAAUGCCAGUUACCAUGUAACACAAAUAAAUAAGCCUCCAACCAUGCACAGCUUAAAGGCUGAUAUUCAAAAAUGGCUAAGGGAAAAUAAGAUCCCAUAUGAAGAGUGUUUCAAAAAGGAGGAAUUGAUGUGCCUCGUUGAGGAAAAUAAAAUUGGUCCCAUAUAUGCAGCAGAGGAGUUAUUGAAGCAGCAUGGGCAUGAGGUCCUUAAAUUGCCUCCAUACCAUUGCGAUCUAAACGCUAUUGAGUUGAUAUGGAGCCUCACAAAGCGAAAAAUAGCCAGCAGAAAUGUGGGGCUACCGGGUUCAGAUACGGAAAACUUGAUCCGAGAAUGUUUUGCAAUGAUUACCCCGGAAGAUUGGAAAAAAAGUACAGACCAUGUAGAGUCUGUGCGGAAAGAGAAGAGUCGUGGCAGAAACGGGAACUAACAUUUUAAAUUUUAUAUGGCAAUCAAACCUUUGACACCUGUCUUGUAAAAAGUAAACAAACUUCUGUCAAUGUAUAUUUUUAUUAACAAAAACCGCAAGUUUUAUGUAUAAAAUAUUUUCAAAACACGAUAAAACCGUACAUAAAACCACAAGGAAAAUUAUAUUUAACAUUGUUCGGUUUUGUCAGCGGGAAGAAACGGCUAAAAGCCGACCAUCGACUUACAAAAAGUCGCGGAACGCGUUUCCGCUAUUCGCGGGUAUUGAUGUUGUAUUUAAUAUUACAUAAUUACCUAUUUAAUAAGCCCCCUAAGUAACUUGUCUCCGGUACAUAAUCGGUAAGUGUAUUCAUUCAAAAUAUAUUAAUUUUCAUAAAUAUGCAGGUCAUUCAUGAUCUUUAAAAUAACUGACAAAUAGUCUUGAUACUUGCCAUUUUAUGCAUAUUUAUAGGUAAUUUCUUUUUCAGGAUUGUGUAAAAGUACCUACGGUAUCUCGAAUAAAAGACCGCUAAGUAGGUGAUAUGCAAGAAUUCGUAAUCUACGUGCCGGAUUCAAGCACAUCCAGUUCAGAUGAAGAUAGUUCUAUGAGUGUCCCUGGUUGUUUUGAAGCUAGCUCAAACAUAAGUAGUAGUAGUAGUAGUAGUAAUCACUUUAUUGUACACAACACAGGUAAGUGACAUUGAAUAUUUUAAUUCGAUUCAAAGAAUGAAACUUUUUCUAAUAAAAUAUUUCUUUAUUUGUAAGUUCGUUUACUAGGUUCUGAAUAAAACUUUUUCUAAUAAAAUAUUCUUUUAUUUGUAAGUUAUGUUAGUUACAAAAUUAUAUUUCAUAUUUAGCAGUGACUUUUCGUAUCGUGAUUGACGCCUGACAGCGUAAUAUCGUGAGAUGAGAGAACCGGACAUAUCCCAAUAAGGCCUACCUACUUAUGCACUAUUUUUAUUAAUACUAGCACAAACUAGUGCCUGCGCUAAAUCAGAGGAUUGAGUUGACGAGCCGACACCACAACCAGGCUCCGUUUAGUAAGCCGUGGUAAAAAACCGGAACAAAAGGGAUUCAAGUAUCAUGACCUUUAGUGUCGUACUAUAAUCACGUGACCAGUGUUGUCAGCAUAGCAAAAACCAUAAAAUAGCACUAGCGCGCCCUCAAAUCCCACGACUCUUCUCUUUCCGCACAGACUCUAAUAAAUGUGGAACGAAAAUACAAGUCUAAGGACAACAUUACAGACACUGAACUAGCUCCAUUCAUAAUAGAAGUUCGGGAAAGUGACAAUGACAGUGAUAGUUCUCUGUCAGGAAUUGAAUUUCUUGAAUCCGAUUUCGAUUAUGAUUCUUAAAUAAAUAGGCACCUUCUUUAUAAACUAACAAUAUUAAAAGUAGAUUGAAACUAAAUUGUGUUUUCUUUCACCUACCUUCAGUUCAGCUCCAUUAUACAAUAUGUGACUUUUUAUUAUUACUAACUUUAUAAGUACAACGGGAAGCAUAAAUAUUUCCCUUGUGAAGGUUUACUUUAAUAGCACAAGGGAAAUAUUUAUGCUUAAUAAAUAAUCGCCUGUAAUUAACCCGAGUUCAAAACUUCAAAAUAAAACACAAAUAAAGUAAUUUUUAAUCCUAUCAAAAAUAUAAAUGUCAUAUGAGAACCAAGUUCAAUAUUAUGACAUAUGCCUUGGUUGUUGACUUCAACGACCAAAGAAAUGAGAUUUAAAGGGUGCCGUUUAAUGGUCAGUCCUGAAAUUUAUUUGUAACAACAAAGUAUCAUUUUCUAUAACUUAGGAAUCUUAGGAUAAUAUAAUAACUUACUUUUUGUACAGUUGAAGUAAAGAUAUUUAUGUUUACUACAUAUUUUUGUAAUGAUUGACUGAUUAGUCUACUAACAAUUCGUUCCUUCGUUUUUUAGUAUCUCUGAUAAUAAUGAUAACUAUUCAAUCAUAUUUUUAAUUUUUAAGUGGGCUAAAUUAGAAGCCAGGGGUUAUAAUUGCAUUGCAACGAUAUCCUCAGUCUGUUUACUGUAUUAAAUUUACAGUCUGCUACGUUGCAGACUUCAGUCAGUCACUAAUCAAAACAAAAAUUAAUUACGUAUGAAUUACCAAGUAUCAAAUUACUUUUUUUGCACUAUGCUUCGUGUUACCAGUUAAAGAUUUUUUGAAUUUGCCGCUUUUUUUUUGUGCAGCCACUCGCUGG